UUUACGUAUGCGGAAGGAGCAGGUCGCUGCUUGGCCUGUCUAUCCCCCCUCAGUCCCGGGGCUUGUAGUGUAGUAAACAUGGCAGGAGAGAGUGCCGAAGCGCUGGGGAAAAGAAAGACGGUCCCUGCCGGGAAUCACGCGGCCGCGGUGGCUGCUCCGGAGCCGGCAGACGAGCUGGUCCAGUCCGUGUCGCUGUACCGCCGGCGUCCUCGGCUCCUUCACGGCACGGUGCUGCCAUUCGUGGCGGUUCUUUACCCGGCCUGGCUGUACCUGUGGCUGGCGGUGUACGGCGUCGCUGAGUACCCGGAGGCCGGCUUCAUCGCGCUCGCCGCCAUCGGGAUCGCGCACGUCCUCACCGCGCUCUCGGGGCACUGGUCUGUGCACGCCCACUGCUGGUUUACCUGUUCCAAGGAACCGGACCCAAACAAGGCGACCUUCGCGAAGGUUGUCCCCAUGCCGAACAAUGGAUCCGCAGAGCUUGUGCCUCUGCAGAGAAACAAGGACGAGGGCGGACGGGAGGUGAUCUCGUUCGAGUUCCAGAAGCUGCGGUACUGGUACGACGGGGAGGAGAGGAAGCGCUUCGUUCCCGUGGCCUUCCCCGUGGAGCAGCCGUUCGGCUUUUUCCACACCUGGAAGGGCUACCAGGAGGAAUCGGAGCUGCGGACUGCGGAGAAGAAAUACGGGAUGAACAAGGCUGAGAUGGUGGUGCCUGAUUUUCUGCAGCUGUUUAAGGAAAGGGCGACUGCACCAUUCUUUGUCUUUCAGGUGUUCUGUGUGGGGCUGUGGUGUCUGGAUGAGUACUGGUAUUACAGCAUCUUCACCCUGUUCAUGCUGGUGGCGUUCGAGGCCUCGCUGGUCCAGCAGCAGAAGAGGAACAUGUCAGAGAUCCGCAAGAUGGGCAACAAGCCCUACAUGAUCCAGGUCUACCGAAGCAGGAAGUGGAGACCCAUACAAAGCGAUGAGCUUGUUCCUGGGGAUAUCGUCUCCAUAGGCCGGUCCCCUCAGGAGCACCUGGUCCCCUGCGAUGUGCUCCUACUCAGAGGGAGGUGCAUCGUGGAUGAAGCCAUGCUGACAGGAGAGUCUGUGCCACAGAUGAAGGAGCCUGUGGAGGAGCUGGAUCCCGGGAGAGUCCUGGACCUGCAGAGUGACUCCCGACUGCACGUGAUCUCAGGGGGCACCAAGGUGGUGCAGCACACCCCCCCGCACAAAGCCAGCGCCGGGCUCAAACCGGUUGACAGUGGGUGCGUGGCGUACGUGCUGAGGACAGGGUUUUACACCUCUCAGGGCAAGCUGCUGCGCACCAUCCUGUUUGGAGUGAAGAGAGUGACAGCAAACAAUCUGGAGACAUUCAUCUUCAUCCUGUUCCUCCUCGUCUUCGCCAUCGCUGCCGCUGGCUACGUGUGGAUCGAAGGCACGAAGGAUCCGAGUCGGAAUCGGUACAAGCUGUUUCUGGAGUGCACCCUGAUCCUGACCUCCGUGGUUCCUCCCGAACUGCCCAUCGAGCUGUCGCUGGCCGUCAACACCUCCCUCAUCGCCCUCGCCAAGCUCUACGUGUACUGCACAGAGCCUUUCCGCAUCCCCUUCGCUGGUAAGGUGCAGAUUUGCUGCUUCGACAAGACGGGCACUCUGACCAGCGACAACCUGGUGGUGCAAGGAGUAGCCGGGCUCAAAGAUGGCAAGGAGGUGAUGCCAGUGUCAGAGAUUCCUGUAGAGACUCACAGAGUGGUGGCAACCUGCCACUCUCUCGUGCAGAUGGAUGAUGGGACGCUGGUGGGUGAUCCCCUAGAGAAAGCCAUGCUGACUGCAGUGGACUGGACCCUGACUAAAGACGAGAAGGUGUUUCCACGCAGCAUCAAGACUCAGGGCUUGAAGAUUCACCAGCGCUUCCACUUCGCCAGCGCUCUCAAGAGAAUGUCCGUUCUGGCUUCCUACGAGAAGAUGGGCUCCAGUGACCUCACCUACAUCUCCACAGUCAAGGGAGCGCCCGAGACACUGCACAGCAUGUUCUCCGACUGCCCUGAUAACUACGACGCGGUUCACACUGAGAUCUCCAGGGAAGGGGCCCGUGUGCUGGCGCUGGGGUACAAGGAGAUCGGACACCUCACCCACCAGCAGGUGCGAGAGCUCUCCCGUGACGCUCUGGAGUGCAGUCUGAAGUUCGCAGGGUUCAUCGUGGUGUCCUGCCCCCUCAAGACCGACUCCAAAGCCGUGAUCAAAGAGAUACAGAACGCCUCACACCACGUGGUGAUGAUCACAGGAGACAACCCGCUGACAGCCUGCCAUGUGGCCAGGGAGCUGCACUUCAUUCAGAAGCCUCACACCCUCAUCCUGCAGGCCCCGCCCACUCACGGUGCAGCUUGGCAGUGGCAGUCCAUCGACGGCUCUGUGGAGCUGCCCCUGGUCCCUCACUCUGUGAAGGAGCUGGUCAGGGAGUUUGACCUGUGUGUCACGGGAGAGGGGCUGGCCUGCUUACAGGUGCAGAACUCAGGGCUCCUCCUGAAACUCAUCCCCAACAUUCAGGUGUUCGCCAGGGUCGCCCCCAAGCAGAAGGAGUUUGUGAUCACCAGCUUGAAGAGCCUGGGUUUCAUUACCCUGAUGUGUGGAGACGGCACGAAUGACGUGGGAGCCUUGAAACACGCGCACAUAGGGGUGGCCCUCUUAGCCAAUGCCCCAGAGCGAGUUCCUGAGAGGAAGAGGAAGUCCAGGGAGACUCAGAACGACACCAAGCCCUCCCUCCCCUCGCUGCCCAGCGGCAACGUCAAGCUGGCCUCACGAGCCGCCAAACAGAGAGCCAUGUCACAGCGCGAGGAGCAGCUGGCGAUGCAGAGGGAGCGAAUCAGCCAGGUGCUAAAGGAACUGGAAGAGGACCAGAUUCAGGUGGUUAAACUGGGAGACGCCUCCAUCGCUGCUCCUUUCACCUCCAAACUCUCCUCCAUACAGUGCAUCUGCCACGUGAUUAAGCAGGGCCGCUGCACGCUGGUCACGACUCUGCAGAUGUUUAAGAUCCUGGCCCUGAACGCUCUGAUCCUGGCGUACAGUCAGAGCGUCCUGUACCUGGAGGGGGUGAAGUUCAGCGACUUCCAGGCCACCCUGCAGGGGCUGCUACUGGCGGGCUGCUUCCUCUUCAUCUCCAGAUCCAAGCCCCUGAAGACACUCUCGAAAGAGCGCCCCCUGCCGAACAUCUUCAACCUCUACACAGUUCUGACGGUGCUGCUGCAGUUCCUGGUUCACUUCUGCAGCCUGGUUUACCUGUACAAAGGGGCUCAACUCCGCAGCAGCCCCAGGGAGGAUCAGUUUGUGGAUCUCUACAAGGAGUUUGAGCCCAGCCUGAUCAACAGCACGGUCUACAUCAUGUCCAUGGCCAUGCAGAUGGCAACCUUCGCCAUUAACUACAAGGGUCACCCCUUUAUGGAGAGUCUUCAGGAGAACAAGCCCCUGCUCUGGAGCAUCGCUCUAUCAGGUCUGGCCAUCGUGGGGCUGCUGUCAGGGUCCUCUCCUGAAUUCAACGAGCAGUUCUCCCUGGUCGACAUUCCCUUUGAGUUCAAACUGGUGAUCGCUCAGGUGCUGGCAGUGGAUUUUUUCGCAGCUCUACUGGUGGACAGACUGCUCCAGUUUGUACUGGGCAGCGUGAGUCUCAAGAUACCUUCAUGAGGACAAGCCAGCGCAGUAUGGAUGCUGCUCCCAAGCGAGUGUAGUGGGGUAGAGCUAAAUCAGAGGGGGAGAGAGAGAGACGACCCGCUACCCCCUCCUCUACACCCCCAGGACAAACCACCUGACCGCCCCACCCCCCUCCUCAUUUCGCCAGCCUGUGACGAUCUGUUUACAUUUCAGAAGUAAAAAAAACAAAAACUACAACAACAACAACAACAGCCGUUUUAAAAUGUUUUAUAAAAAAUAAAUAAACGAAAGGAGGUCGGAGAAUUGUUCGGCUGAGCCGCGACACGGAAGAUGAAUAGUUUCCUGCUUUAAUUUAUCUAUUUAAAAAAGUCACUGCUGUUUUACUUUUCAGGCAGCAGCAGGUGGCGCUGUUGCUUUUGGUUUCCUUAUUUUUUUCUUUCCCCCGUUUGUUAAUCUGUUUGUUUGUUUUUCUUGGGAAUGGUGCUGUCUGAGUUUAGUUUAAAAAAAAUGGGAAUAAAAAAAAUUCAAAGUAUUUUGGUCAACCUUUCACUGCCUAAACUAAACAAAACAAAAUCAAAGAAGAUUUAGUAUCAUUUAUUUAGACAAGGCAUUGGAAUCCCAAGUAAUUUAUGCAUUCACAGUGAAUAAAGUGGCAGUCACCAAAAGGAAGCGUUUGUAACCCCCGCAGAGAAGGAUCUGCCUCAUGUUCGAGAGAGUGCGUCUGUAAUUCACUAGUGUUGAAAACGCUAAAUAAAAAAGUGUUCUGUGGUUUACUGGCUGCUAAGAGCAAUGACCGCUUCGAUCAGGGGAGCUGUAAAAACAGCUUUCACUACGAAAGCAAUAGCACACCACCGGGUGUUCAAAUGCAGUCCCGUUGGCACUCCUUGGGGUGUUACUGCUUCAGAUUUUAUAUCGUGUUUAAAUACCCUCUCGUGUUAUUCCGCUUAUAAACUGUCACCCCGCCUCACCCCACCCUAAGUGAGUCGGGCUUGCCCAGUGAAUCAGGUUCUGAACGUUACAAGCCGUGUUGCCAUGGCGACAUAUCUGCACAGGAUGGAACGCUCGUUUCCCUCUAUACUUGUCGUUGUAUAAAAAGAGAAUAAGACACAUGCCAGCAGCAGCCAUUAACUCAAAGAUGUGUCGUAAUAUACACAAAAACGGCAUCUGUGUUUUUAAUUUGAGAACCCAACACUACCUGGACAUCUUUUUAGCAAGUCCUCCGACCAGAUAUAUAUUUUUUAUUUUACUGAAUGUAUUUAUUUUGUCUACAACGCUGACGCUCACCCACCACUGUUGUAUAAAUAAACGAAGACAAAACUAAAACCAAGAACAAAUCUGUGUUUGAAGUGUGACGGUUUCAUCCAGGCUUGAUUACUUGCAGUUUUAUUUGGCCAGUUUUGUUAUUUCAUGAACUGAAAAACAAUAGCCAAGAGAACAGAGUAACAUUGGACAUAAUGUAGCAGGACCUUUCCUAUGUUAAUAAUACCAAGAACCUGGAGGCAUUCCUCCCAACACGCAACUGCAAGAGCUGUCAAACACUCCGAAUUGUUGAUUUAUUGCUGGGUGUUUUAGUAAAGACAAUAAUAGAAUGCUCCAACUGCAGGAGGACAGUAUUUAUUGGGUGUGUGAAAUAAAUAAAUCGUGUCAAUGGA